GCCAUUUUGGCUCAAGUCUGCUCGGGCGACCGCGGCGCGGGCGGCUAAGAGAUGGCGGCGGGGGGCUGCCCGCCUGAGAGGCGGCCCAUGCGCAUGGAGGAAGAAGCUCGGCUCGGAGCCACCGCGGCGCGGCGUGAGGCGAGACGCAGGCGGCUGAUGGCCUGUGAAGCUGGUCUACGCCGAGCCGUUGGGGACAGGGAACGGGCCAGGCCCGGUUCGUGGAGGGAUCGCGAGGCGGCAUCCCGCCCAGCCCUGAGAGCGGCGGCAGCAGGAAGGAGAGUUUGUGGCAGCUCCCGUGUCCGCCGCAAAGUGGCGCGGCAUGCUGCUCAGCCGCCUCCCUGCGGGUUUGCGAGGGCCUCGAGGGCGGACCCCGCGCGGGCGGCUGCGGGGCCACGCCUGGCGCCCUUUGGCGGGGGCGCGUCUGGACCCGUGUGCGAGGCGCUUGAGGUGCAGAGCCAAGAAGCAGGCGGUGACGCGGGCGGUGUGCUGCAGCCCACCGCGGUGGUGUGGCAGCCGAUCGCGGCGCGCCCGUUCCAGCAGCUGCAGCCCCGUGCCCCCAGGGGUCUGGUCAGUUCGCGACGGGGUGGCCGAAGGCCGCGCGCUGGCAUUCGGGCAGGGCCUGGAAGCUGGAUAGCGGCUGGCGGCUUCCGCUCGCGAGGGGAGUGACGGGGUCCAGUCGAGCGCGGAGGGCGUGGUCUUUGCGGACCCCCCUGCCCCCCCUCCUGGGCCUGGCUCGGACAGGUGCUUCAGCCACCGCGUGCAGGACGGUCGCGACCUCAUGGGCGUUGAGGUCGUCGGGGUCGUCCGCGACGCGGAGGGCGUUUGCUUCGGCGAGGCGGGCGGCUCGUCAGUCGAGGCCUCGUCGGAGCUGCGCGCGCGGGAGGAGUUCGAUCAAGAAGUGGACAGGAGCUUCAGCCACCGCGUGCGGGACGACCUCGUGGACGUCGAGGUCGUCGGGGUUGUCCGCGACGCGGAGGGCGUUGGGUUCGGCGAGGCGGGCGACUCGUCAGUCGAGGACUCGUCGGAGCUGCGCGCGCGGGAGGAGCAUGAGCAGGAAGACGCCGAUGGCGAGUUGGCAAGCGGCCCCUUCGGCCCGCAGUCGGAGGCCGAGGCGGAUGCCAAGCUCAGCGGCCUUGUGUUCGGCAUCUUGGAGGGACUCGACCUCUCCAUGGUCCACUACGUCGACCCCUGCUUCGAGCGACUCAGCGGGGCGGUAUCCGCACGCCGGGAGGUCAUGGGCGUUGCGCGGUCGCCCUGGACUGACGGUGGGGCGCAGGCCUUCGCGCGCGGUUGCGUGGAGGGGAAUCGCGAGCAGAGGGCGGCGGGCUUGUUCCUGGGGGGCCCGCCCGCGCCUCUCUGCAUGACAUUCGAAUCGCGGGUGGGUCCGCUCACCCUCGAAG